CGUGAUUGGACAGAGACUCAGGAGGAAAUAGCUGAUUUUCGAGGCAAACAUCGCCGAAAGAAAGUAAAAAAAACCCUGCUACACCUAGAAACCUGCUUCAAGUCACGCGAAGAGAUCCAGAGGGCGCUGUUGGUACAGAUUAUUAACAACCAAGUCAGGGGCAGCUGUCGAUUGUCCGACUUGGUCGGUGGUGGUGACGCUGAAACGCUAAACUGCUAACUGCACUGAUCCUGAUCAUGAUGAACUUUAGCAAAAGUCAACGCAGUCGAGCCAGCAAAGAAAAUAUGGCACCCUCAGCCAGAGUAGAUACACUGCAGAGGUCCAAACAGCGGACGGUGCUCGGAGUCUUGUCAGAAAAUGAACUGCGAGGUCGAUCCCUCAGCCAGGGUGGCCAGUUUUCCAGACACAGCUCAACCUCAGAAAGCUCUCAACUCAACUGUCUGGGCUGCCCUUCCAGCUCCAGCUUUGAUGUGUACGUGGAAGAGGCUUGCGAAGUUGUCCUUGCGGCUUCUGGCGAAGAAGUUGUCGGACACCGUAAUUACCAAGAUGAGGAAACCAAUGCCCUGCACAGUGAAGAUAUGGUAAUCAUGCUGGAGCUGAGUUCAAGUCCAUGCCAGGAUGCUUCUACGCCUUCUGAAUCUGAGGAGGUUUUUUGUGUGGAGUAUGCCAGAGAUAUUCACCAGCACUUGAGGAAUAAUGAGAUUGCAUUCAGGCCAAGGCCAAAGUAUUUAGAAAGACACCCAGAGAUCACGGAUGAUAUGCGCGUCGUUCUGGUGGACUGGAUGGCUGAGGUGGCGCAGGAAUUCCAACUUCAAGCUGAAACUCUUCAUCUUGCUAUCAAUUACUUGGACCGAUUUCUCUCCCUCAUCGGAAAUGUGAAACGAGGCAAGCUGCAGCUGGUUGGCACGGCUGCCUUGGUGAUUGCUGCAAAAUAUGAGGAGAAGUCACCUCCUAAACUCGACCAAUUUGUGACCAUCACAGACAACACCUACACUAAGAAACAGCUGCUUCGGAUGGAGCAAGCAUUUCUAAGUGUGCUGGGCUUCAACUUGGCGGCACCCACCAUAAACUCGUUCCUUCACCUUUUCAUGGCCAUCCAGUCUGUCUGUGCCAACACCAAAAACCUGGCCCUGUAUGUGGCGGAGUUAAGCCUGCUGGAAAUGGAUCCAUUUCUACAGUACAGCCCAUCUAUGGUUGCUGCUGCAGCCUACUGCCUAGCUUCCUACACCAUAAAUACGUCUUUAUGGCCCGAUUCUUUAGUGGCUUUUAGCGGAUACACGAUGGCUGACAUUUCUCCCUGCCUGACUCACCUGUACAAGCUAUACGCCAGCGCAGAGAGUCGCCCACUACAGGGCAUCAGAGAAAAGUACAAAAAUUCAAAGUACUGUGGCGUUUCAUGGAUCACUCCCCCUGCUUUUUUGUUUUUCCCGUGACUCACUGCUACACCCAUCUGACACAAUGAAAUGAAGAACAAAACAA